UCUCUCUUCCCUGAUUUGCUGUUGAAAACAUCCCCUUCACUUUUUCUCACAGUUGUACUAAAUUCAUUCAUUAAUUAACACAGAUUCUCCAUUAACACUGUUUUUACACACACACUCUCCCCCCACUCACACUACCCUUUUUCCUCAAUCCUUUUCCCCCAUUUGUUGUCUCUUUCAUCUUCUUCACCCCUCUCAAAAAGCAAAUCAAAAAGUUGCAAAAACUUAAAACUAAAAAUCCCACUUUUUUUUUAUUCUCAAUUUUUUAUUGGGUUCAAAAAUCAACUUCACUUUCUCUUUCUAGGGUUUUUACUGAUAAUGCAAACCUCUUGAAGAUCAGCUGUUUAAUUUUUCUGGGGUUUUUCCACCCUAUUUUCAACAAAAAUGGGAAGAAGUUUGUUGGUGCUAUUUAUCUCAUUUUUGGUUCUAUUUUCUGGGUUUUCUUCAGUUUCUGCUUCAACCCCACCUGCAAAAAUUGUAAGUGGGUUUAUUUCAAGUUCAAUAGCUAAGCUGAUUCAAUGGGUGUGGUCACUCAAAGCAACUACUAAAACAGCAGCAGUUUCUGGGCGGUCAAUGAUGAAAUUUGAAAGUGGGUAUGAUGUUGAGACUGUGUUUGAUGGAAGUAAGCUUGGGAUUGAGCCUUAUUCUGUUGAAGUUUUGCCUAGUGGAGAGCUUCUGAUUGUGGAUUCUGCUAACAGCAAUCUUUACAGGAUCUCUUCUGCACUCUCUCUCUACAGUAGACCUAAGCUGGUUGCUGGAUCACCUGAAGGAUACUCUGGACAUGUUGAUGGGAAAUACAGGGAAGCCAAGAUGAACCAUCCGAAAGGCGUUGCUGUAGAUGACAGGGGAAACAUUUAUGUCGCGGAUACUAUGAAUAUGGCUAUCAGGAAGAUCAGUGAAUCAGGAGUCACAACAAUUGCUGGUGGAAAAUGGAACAAUAAAGGUGGUCAUGUAGAUGGACCGAGUGAUGAAGCAAAGUUCUCAAAUGACUUUGAUGUUGUCUAUGUUGGAAGCAGUUGUUCCUUGCUGGUAAUUGAUAGGGGGAAUCGGGCAAUCAGGGAAAUUCAUCUCCAUUUUGACGACUGUGCUUAUCAAUAUGAAAGCAGCUUCCCUCUUGGAAUUGCUGUGCUUCUUGCUGCUGGGUUUUUCGGCUACAUGCUUGCCCUAUUGCAGCGGCGAGUUGGUUCAAUUGUGUCUCAGAAUGAUGUGAAAAUAGUAGAAAACGCUCCAUCCAGUCCAUACCAGAAGCCUCCUAAAUCAGUGAGGCCCCCGUUAAUCCCUAAUGAAUAUGAUACGGAGAAGCAAGAAGAAAGUUUUUUCGGAUCUCUAGGAAAGUUGCUUGCCAAUGCUGGCACAUCAGCCAUGGAAAUAGUUGGUGGUAUAAUUCCAGGACUUAAAAGCAAGCCAGUGGCGUACCAAUACAGGAAUCAAGGACAGUAUCAGCAAACCCACACUUGGCAGUCACCAGAGAGUUAUCAUAUACCCAAAGAAGAGGAGCCUCCGUCAAUUGAAACUAGGACGCCUACCCCAAAGAAAACAUAUGCCUUCAUGUCUAAAGACGCAGAAAAAAUGCAACAACAGCUGAGACAAAGCCGAGCUUUCUACAGUGGUUGGGACACAGAGUUCCAGCAGCUGCCUCAGCAACAGUUACAGCAGCAGCAACAGCCACAGCCACAGCAACAGCAGCAGCCACAACCACAGCAACAGCAGCAGCAACAGCCACAGCAACAGCAGCAGCAACAUCCACAGUCACAGCAACAGCCACAGCAGAAGCAGAAACGUGAGAAACAUCAGUACCGUCAUCAGCAUCACUCAUCCAUCCCUCAGACUUACUAUGAGCAAAGCUGUGAGAAAACCAAUGAGAUUGUGUUUGGGGCAGUCCAGGAGGAGGGAAGACGUCAAUCAGUCAUCAUGCCUACUGAUUAUGCGAUGGAUGCAUUCAAUCAGCAAAAUAUCCGGUUCAGAGCAGGCUACAACCGCAGCUACUCAUAUACAUAAACUAAAUCUUUGAUUUGUUGGCACAUAUUAUAUCGUAUCUAUGAUCAAUUCCUUCAAAAAACAUAGAGAUCGGUAUGGUGAUCCCUUUUUGAAGUAGGAGUCUUGGGGUAGUAUCACUCAGUUGGUGGUUGUUACACUGUUAACCCAUCAAAGCCUUUUGUUGAGGUAUGACAUCCCCUAUGAAUAUUGGUGGUAUAUUGAAGUUAGUAAUAUAUUUUUCAUUUUCUAAAA